AUGCCGCGCGACGACGUCACCAGAGGGUGCUUGCAGGCUGUCAUGGACAGUCUGAACCUUCUCCCCGAUGUCCUCUUUGAGGCUUCAACCACUACCAAGGAAGUUGAAGUAGCGGUCGGCCAGACAGGUCACAUCGUCCAUCUGCAGAAGGCUUCCUUCACCGCGGCAAGGGCGGAGCUCCCGUUCGACCCAUCUACCAAUAUAAUUUACCGGAUCAAAAUCAUCUACAACUCGAACACCCCCAAGCUUAACCUCACCUUAUACGUCUACCAACCCCAGAAUGGUCUCGUGAGGGUUCGCACUGCAGUGCGGCUGGGCCUCCAAACGUUCCAGGACAAGGAUUCCACAUACUAUACCGACCAGAAGACGGCUUGA